GAGGAGUUCCGCUUAGCUCAAAUUUGUGGGCUUAACAUUAUAGUUCAGGUAGAUGAUUUGGAGGAAGUGAGUGAAUACUACCAAAACAGAGGAUGUUUCAAUGAAUUAAUCUCUCUUAUGGAGAGUGGGCUCGGUUUGGAGCGUGCCCAUAUGGGUAUCUUCACAGAACUUGGUGUCCUUUACGCCAGAUACCGUCAUGAGAAGCUCAUGGAACACAUUAAAUUAUUCUCCACCCGUCUUAACAUUCCUAAGCUUAUUCGUGCCUGUGAUGAGCAGCAACACUGGAAGGAACUCACAUAUUUGUAUAUGCAAUAUGAUGAAUUUGAUAACGCUGCCACAACUGUUAUGAAUCAUUCCCCAGAUGCUUGGGAUCAUAUGCAGUUCAAAGAUAUUGUUGUGAAAGUUGCUAAUGUGGAGCUUUAUUACAAGGCCGUCCACUUCUAUUUACAAGAGCAUCCCGAUCUCAUCAAUGAUCUUUUAAAUGUUCUAGCACUUAGGGUGGACCAUACACGUGUAGUGGAUAUAAUGAGAAAGGCGGGUCACCUUCGCCUAGUGAAGCCGUAUAUGAUUGCCGUACAAAGCAACAAUGUUUCUGCUGUGAAUGAGGCCCUUAACGAGAUAUAUGUUGAGGAAGAAGAUUACGACAGACUACGUGAAUCAAUUGAAUUGCAUGAUAACUUUGAUCAGAUUGGGCUUGCACAGAAGAUAGAGAAACAUGAACUUCUUGAGAUGAGGCGUGUCGCUGCUUCUAUAUAUAAAAAGGCUGGUCGCUGGAAGCAAUCCAUUGCUCUGUCGAAGAAAGAUAAUCUUUACAAAGACGCAAUGGAAACAGCCUCGCAAUCUGGGGAUCGUGAACUUGCUGAGGAGUUGCUUGCUUACUUCAUUGAACAGGGAAAGAAAGAAUGCUUUGCAUCAUGCCUAUUUGUUUGUUAUGAUUUGAUUCGCCCAGAUGUUGCCCUUGAGCUAGCAUGGAUGAAUAAUAUGAUUGACUUCGCGUUCCCAUAUCUAUUACAGUUUAUCCGUGAAUACACUGGCAAGGUAGAUGAGCUGAUAAAAGAUAAGAUUGAGGCUCAAAAGGAAGCAAAAUCCAAAGAGAGUGAAGAAAAGGACGUUAUUAAGCAGCAGAAUAUGUAUGCACAGCUGCUGCCUCUGGCUUUGCCUGCACCGCCGAUGCCUGGUAUGGGAGGUGCUGGUAUGGGUGGAGGUUUCGCUCCACCCCAACCACCUCCAAUGGGUGGAAUGGGAAUGCCUCCCAUGCCUCCAUUUGGCAUGCCACCCAUGGGUUCCUAUUAAUUUGAUGGGGUGUUACCACAGGGGUGUAAACAAACUUCACAAAGAGGAUACAAUCUGGACUGUUUUUGGUUUCUUUUAUUUACUCUUGCCCUUAGAUUUUUAUCUAUUGCCUUGCAGUUAGUUGCUGAAGUGCACAAGUGGAGGAUAGAUGAAAUAAUUGUUUCUGUUGUGUGUCAUAGUGUGUUGAUAUCUCCUUGUAAUAUUCUUUUUAGAAGAGGCAUUUUUUGCAGUUAGGCAACAAAUUGAGGAUAUUUUGUGAUCUUCACAACCGUGUAAAGAUGCGCUAUAUUACCUUUACUGGUUUUCUGGGGUCAGCUAAGGUUCUUCAGUUCCCAAGUGUUGUAAUUUUUCCAGGUAUUCUUUUGGAUACAAUCUUGUUGAAUGUUUUGUUUUGGUAUGUUACACCCAGCCGCUGUAAAUGAGUACUUAUUUACUUCUAA